AUGGCCAUACCUACUUUUGGAUUACUCCAUCAUGGAGGAGGUUAUGGAGGAGGUUAUGGAGGGGCUUACAGGCGAGGUUAUGGGGGAGGCUAUGGUGGAGGCUAUGGAAGAGGCUAUGGCAGAGGCUACGGUGGAGGCUAUGGCGGAGGCUAUGGCGGAGGCUAUGGCGGAGGCUAUGGCGGAGGAUAUGGUGGAGGAUAUGGUGGAGGUUAUGGCGGAGGUUAUGGCGCAGGAUAUGGUGGAGGGUAUGGAGGCAUUGGCCUAGGUGUUGGAGUUGGAGUAGGAUUAGGAAUCGGCAUCUAG